GGCUUUUCUCAUAAGGAUGGAAAUGCUACUGUUUAGUGUCUGGGCCCUGCUGGCUUUGAUUUCUUCCCCAGGGACCACCAAAGGGCUGUUUGAGGUCUCUGUUCAGCCGGAACAGGCCCUGGUAAAGUUUGGACAGUCCCUCAUGGUCAACUGCAGCACGACCUGUCCAGACCCAGGACCCAGUGGGGUUGACACCUCCCUAAAGAAAACCCAGGUGGGCAAAGGGCCUCAGUGGAAGGAGUUCCUCCUGGAUGACGUCACAGAGAGCUCCACCCUGCAGUGCUUCUUCUCCUGCGCGGGGAUCCAAAAGGACGCGAGCCUGGGCAUCACCAUGUAUCAGCCACCGGAGCAGGUGGUCCUGGAGCUGCAGCCUGCGUGGGUGGCCUUGGACGAAGUCUUUACAGUGAGGUGCCAUGUGCCCAAGGUAGCACCCCUGGAGAGCCUCACCCUUACCCUUCUUCAGGGUAACAAAGAACUAUAUAAAAAGAACUUUAUGAGCUUGGCUGUGGCCUCCGAGAGAGCCGAGGUCACCUUCAAUGUCCAAGCACAAAGGGAGGAUCACAGGUGCAAUUUCUCCUGCCAUGCAAAACUGGACCUGAGUUCGCGUGGUGGAGGGCUCUUCCACUCCAGCUCAGCCAGCAGGGUGCUCCGGAUUUUUGAAUUCUCUCAGCGCCCCCAAAUCUGGGUCUCUCCACUUCUGGAGGUUGGGACGGCAGAGGCUGUGAGCUGUGAGCUGGCCAGGGUGUUCCCGGCCAAAGAGGUGACGUUCCACAUGUUCUUGGGAGACCAGGAGCUGAGCCCCUUCCUCUCCUGGGAGGGAGACACUGUGUGGGCCAAUGCCACUGUUCGGGCCAUGGAGACUGGCGAUCAGGAGCUGUCCUGCCACGUGUCUCUGGGUCCGAUGGAGCAGAAAGCGAGAGAGCUGGUGCACAUCUAUAGCUUCCCGCCACCAGUCCUGGAGGUAGAAGAAUUAACAUUGGUAGGGACAGACCUUAAUGUGACCUGUUCGGGGCACGUGUUAACAUCGCCCAGCCCUACUCUUCGGCUCCAGGGAGCCCCAGUCCUCUCUGCCCCUGGGGAGCCCGUCUGGCUUUUACUUACCACCACAGAAGAGGAUGACGGCCGGAAUUUCUCCUGUGAGGCCUCUUUGGAGGUUCAGGGUCAGCAGCUGAUCAAAACCACUACAGUCCAGCUCCAUGUCUUAUACAGGCCACGGUUAGAGGAAUCCGCUUGUCCCAGCAACCAGACCUGGGUGGAAGGGACGGAACAGAUGCUCGCCUGUGUCCCAAAGGGAAACCCAACUCCAUUGCUGGUGUGUACCUGGAAUGGAGUGGUCUUUGACCUUAAAGUGCCACAGAAGGCUACCCAGAACCACACUGGAAUCUACUGCUGCACGGCCACCAACCCGCUGGGCUCUGUCAGCAAAGACAUUGCUCUCAUUGUUCAAGAACUGGAUGAAGGAAUCAGCUCCACCAUCAUCAUCAUCAUUAUUGUCGCCCUUGGAGCGGGUGUCAUCACCAUCGCACUGUAUCUGAAUUACCAGCCCUGCAAGAUGGAGAGGAGGAAAUUGCCCUAUAGGCACAAAGAGAAGAGCAGAGUGGAGGAAAGCCAGUUUGCGGUUCAACAAGCAGAAAUAUGCAUCAUGCAUAAUUGUUAAAUAGAAACGGUUCUUUGGUUGAAGGUGACCUCUGCUACUGGGGUUCCCUAAGGGAGGAAGGGGGUGGAGGAGGAAGGAAGAGACAUCCCCUGUGUUAUGAAGUCCCAUAGAACACGCUGAGGCCCCACGUCCCCUGCAUCCAGUCCAUCCUCAGGCUGCACUCCUCCAAGUGCACUGCAGUCUCCAGAGACUUCUGUCUCCGCGGGCUGCUGUCCUUGCCGUGCGCUCAGUCAGUCCACUCAGACUCGGAAAAGAAGGCCCCGUCUAUGCCUCAUCACCCCCAUCACCACUGCCCUUUGCUCCCAAAUACCAGAGAUAGAAAUGUCUCAGAAUUGCAACUCACUCCUCAUGGUUUCCUCAGAACUAAGUGGGAACAAAUCUCUUAGUCCAGGGACAGGACUCUGAAGGGAGAGUAAGCACCAAACAAAGGGGUAGGACUCAGAACCCCAUUCCUGUCUGCACGCUCCCCUGCCCCCUAAUCUGGGGUCCGGAGUGCUGGCGCCCAGACCCCAGCCUGUUAGACUUCCACCCGCUGACCACCCACUGUGUGCCUUGGAGGAGAAUAAAAAUCAUAAGACAUUCCACAGGAGGUUUUACAUGGCCCAGUAUCCUGUCCCCGAUGUGGAAAUUCUUCCACGAAAUUGGCCUCAUGGAUGAAGGGCUCUAAACAUCUGUGAAUUCCUUUUCAGAAUGCAUAUAGGGUAAUCACCUGUGAGUCCACAUUUAACUUGUACUUUUUUUUGUUUGUUCUGCCUAUACAGGCUCUUAGGCUAGAGUUCCAAUGUUUAUGCCUCCCCCUUUCCACAAAUAAAUAUGUAUUUUCCUG